AUGACGUUGCGUAAGGACUCGCAACCUUCCAAUGCCGCUCGCAAGUCGCCAUCUUCAACCAUCUCAGAUCCUCCCCCGGUCCCUGCUCUUCCCAGCACGCGCCAGCUGGUCUUGGACAGCCGCAACAUCGCAAAAUGUGGAUUCAGUUCCCAUCUCCCGCGGCUCCCAGACAGUCAGCAGCUUGCUCGAGCCUUCGAGUUCUUUGCCUCGCACCAGCCAGUGGCCACGGUGUGGCUGUUCAUCUACCGUGACCUUGCGGAGAGGUGGAAGGCAUGUGAGCCCUUGGCCAAGUACCAGCAGCAGUGGGUCGUGACCCCAACCGGGGAGGAUGUUGAUCUGUUCCUGAUCAAGUUCGUGGAGAUGAAGGAGCAAGAGGGCAAUGCCGCUGUCAUCGUCACAAACGACCUCUUUCGCAAUCAUGUGAGGUCUCGCCGCAUCACAGAAACGUGGGUGCGUGAGCACACCCUCAAGUUCACCUUUACUCCGUCGGGGGACUUCCUAUGUCCAUCGUACCAGCCGGCAUCGAACAUGAACACGGCAGUGCCACCAAGAACGCAGGAGAUGAGUAGCAAGCUUUCAAAGUCCACUUUGCACAACGAGGUGCAUCGAGGCGGAAGCCGACGGUUUCGGGCUGCUCAACAUGCAUAUGUUGCAGCCCUCUGGACACAGGCCGGCGAUGCGGAAAACGUGGCCUGGGAUCUCAUUCGCGACGCCUUAGUUCUCGGCCACUCUUUGGAGAAGUUCGGUGGAGGUCAUGAUUGUGUGCUUCUCGUCACGGAGUCGGUGUUGCGGCACGAUGGCGCGAAGUACCUCGAGAUCUUUUGGCAGCUGCGGGAGAUUCAGCCAGUCGAGGUUGCUCCGCUCCUCACAAGCGGGUGCAGGGCUCGAUUUGCGGGAGUCUUCAACAAGUUACGUGUCUUCGAACUGGAAGAAUACUGCAAGGUGGUUCUUCUGGACUUGGACCUCCUGAUCCGCUCGAACUGCGAAGAGCUCUUCUCCUUCCAGGCGCCAGCAGCAUUGUUCCGGGGCAAUGCCACCUGGACACCUGGCGCUGCAAGACGGCCGGAGUCCUUCUUCGACCGGAAUUCGGGCUUGCAGAAGGGAGGUAUCAAUGCCGGAGUCGUGAUCUUGGAGCCGUGCGUGUCGACAUUCCGCAAGAUGCAGGAGCAACUUCUGCAUCCAGAACACGACUCGCACAGCACGAUGCCGGAGCAGGACUUCCUGACCUUGUGGUUUGCAGCGAAGUGGAGGCCCUUGCAUGUCAAGUACAACUAUCAGCUCCAUCAGCUUGCAUUCUUGCAGCGAGAUGGAGAAGAUAAUCCGCGCGGACGGUUAGAUGCGAAUGACGUAGUCAUUUGGCAUUACUCGGCUGAGCACAAGCCCAGUCAUUACGUCGAUGGCAACAACACGGGUUGGCUGGAGGAGUAUCCAAGAAGGGUGCUGCCUGCCGGAUGUGAGUUGUUUCAUGGCACCAUCAAGAAGGCGGCAAACGAAUGGUGCUGUGCCUGGCAGGAGGUCCUUCAGACUUUCGGCAUGAGCUCGCUGCCGCCGUUGCGAGGGAAGGAUGUCUGCACAUCUGUACAAGCUGGUGGGUCUGCCGCCUCCAGUUGUGCAAGCAGCAUUUCUCAAGAGGUACCAGCACAGGAGCAGCUUGAUGAAAUGAUGGCAGUCAGAAAGAUUCGGGCCGAGCGCUACUACGGACAGUCCCAAGCGGUGGUGGACCUUCCCAGGCCCUUGAAGACUCGAUUGCCUGAGCUUCGAGUGGACAUUUCUGGAGGGAGCCUUCCCCACACAGCCUCCUCACCGGAUGGACAAGCCCGUUCAAGUCAGACUGCUAAGAACCAUGUCGUAAAGGAGGAGGAUCAGGAUCAAAUUCAGAAUUGGCCCACCGAAGCCUUGCAGGCCAUUCUCGAGGAGCAUAACUUGGCAUGUCCUGACGCAGCGCUGGAUCGCGUGGUGCUUUGUGAACUUGUCCGAGGCUUGAUGGGGCAAGAUGUAGGCAAGGCACCAGAAGGUUCAAGUGUCGAAGGAGGAGGUCGUGAGAGGCCUGGAGCUCCACCCGGCAUUUGGCCAGUGCCUGCUCGAAAUACCGACGCCUGGACGAUGGUGGACGAUCAAGCGGAGGAGGUCCUCGCCUGUGUUGCUCAGCAUCAAGUCACCCUCCUCAUAGCGCCUACAGGUUCAGGAAAGUCUACAGCAGUGCCACGGCUCCUGCUGCAUGAAUGCGCGAGUCGGCGCGUCAUAUGCACGCAGCCCCGACGUGUGGCGACCGCAAGUCUGGCCCGGCGGCUGGCCGACUACACGCAUUCGCAGGUUGGUGAGAUCGUGGGCUUCCAAGUCGGAGGGCAUCGGGAGUGGAGUGAGCAGACGCAGCUGGUGUACAUGACGACGGCGAUCGCGAUGCUGAUGUGCCUGCAGGGUGAUGUUCCAGCGACACAUAUCUUAGUCGAUGAAGUCCAUGUCCGUGAUAUGCAUAUUGAUGCCCUGCUGAAUGUCUUGAAGGGCGAUGUGCUGCCUCAAGAUGACGGCAGGAAGGUCGUCCUGAUGUCAGCAGCGACUGACGUGCCAUUCUUCAAGAGCUACUUCCGGAAUCUGAGUAUGGGUCUCAUCGACCUGGAGAUGAAGCGACCUCAUCGGCUGACUGUGUCCUAUGCGGAUGGCAUGGUUGUGCGCAGUUUGACUCCAGAUAUGCCACUAGAGCAGAUGACAGAAGUGCUUGAGCUGAUCGUGAUGCAGAACCACGCUCAGCGAGAGGUGAGGCAAUCAUUUCUGGUCUUCCUUCCUGGUCGCCAGGAGGUGCACGCGCUUGCUGACCGGCUGUCGGCUGUGCCUCGCAUGGUGGUCCAGCGCCUCUUUGGCGGUCAGGCUCUGCACGCGCAACAGCGUUCUCUGGAUCACAGAGACGGAUGCAAGCGCUUAGUCAUCCUUGCCACAGAUGUUGUGGAGUCGUCGGUGACAAUCCCCACCGUGGAUCUGGUCAUUGACACCUGCCUGCAUAGAAGACGGCGCUGGAACCCAGUGUUCAAGGAGAGUCCGCUGACCAUCCAGUUCAUCAGCCAGGAUGAGGCUCUCCAGCGAAGUGGCCGCACGGCGAGGCUCCGUGACGGCCAUGCCCUUCGGUGCAUCACCGAGAUGAGCUUCAAAAGGCUGCAGCCACACGCAGAGCCGGAGAUUCGUCACCAGCCGCUGGAGAGUUUGGUGCUGACAGUCCACGGCUUUCGUGGCCUGGCGAGGGCUCCGGAGGACUUCUUGACCUCCAUGCCCAGCCCUCCUGAUCCAGCGAGGGUGAAGUCCUGCAUCUUUCGCCUUGAAGAGUUGGGCGCCCUGGGUUCAGAUGGAAGGCUGACUGCUGUAGGUCGACUGCUUGAUCAGCUUCCACUUGAUCCAGGAUGCGGUAUGUUGGUCAUCAAUGGCCUCCGGUAUAAUGCCAUUGUGGACUGCUGUGCUAUGGCGGCAAUUCUGCAGCAGGGAAGUCCUUUUGAGGUGCCCAGCCUGGAUCAGAAUCAAAGUUGGAAUAUGCAACGUGCAGUGCAGCACUGGGAGGUCCGUAAGGUCUGUGCAGGCUGCGACGGAUUUCCUUCGGACCUGCUGCAAGACCUGGGGGCUUAUCGUGCCUGGCAGAGGCAAGUGGAAAGUAUGGGAUCAAGCUGGGUUUAUGACAAUGGCCCUCAAUGGUGUGUGAACCACUUCCUCAGCUUUGACCGCCUGCAGUCGGUUGAAGAGGUGAAGCGACAGAUUUUCGACAUUUUGCACCAGAACGGCUAUCAGGUUCCGCAGAUGCAGGGUGCGCGCAUGCCGGUUUGCAAGCGACGGCGAUGCGACAACGUGUCUGCAUUGCCUGAUAUAGCAGGCGACCCUUGCAAAGACAUCCGGGAGCUCCUCAGCCAGGAUGCAAGUCAGUUUCGAUUGCUGCAGUGGUGCAUUGCCGCCUCCUUCAUUCAUGGGAUCGUGUCGCUUCAAAGCUCUGCAUGCACGGAGCAGGUUUGCUUCCAUGCCCGACGAAACCAGAAGGAGAGAGUUGGUCCUUUUCUGGUGGAACAUGGCUUCCAGAUUGAAGAUGUUGCGAUCGACGGAGGGAGCAACAAGGUCACAGUCACCUUCGGGUCAAGGGAGGAAGCAGCCCGAGCUUGUCAAGUCGUUGCGGUGGGCACGAACAGCACUUUCCCCUUCAGGAGCGCCGAGCCGAGAAGCUGGGGCUUGCAGAGACGCCAGCAGGCGCAGCUCCGGGGAAGCAGUGCUUCCGUUUGCAAGCUGAAGUCUGAGUCCCUGGCCGAGCCGCAGGUACAGGACAACUGCGAGAUCAUCACAGCCGACGCUUUGCCGGUGAAGACGGGCAAAGGCUUCAUGUACCUGUGGUCCAAGAAUACCACCACACCGCUUGGAUUGCUGCCGUUGGUGUUGCUGGCAACCUACCAUCAGCAGGAGGCCAUUCAGAGCUCAGCAUCCGAGUUCAAGCUAAAGGUCCGGUUCCAUGGGAACUGGGAGGAAUUCAGCUUGCGGGCUUGUGAUCGAGAGGCUUUCAGGUUGGUUGAGGACAUCCGGAACAACAUGGACAAGGAGUUUGGUCCUGGAAUUCCUCUGCCCCGACGCAAGCAGAUUGCCGAAGAGCGGGCUGCAUCUGUUGGAAAGCUGAUGAACCAGUUGCAUGCUGGUGAGCCACCGGUGAAAACCAUUUCGAAGCCAAGCGAUGUGAGAUUCGCGUCAAUGCCUAGACGACGAUGGCUUGUACUGGAGGUCGUAGCUUCACUGCUGGUCGCCACAGGCGGCUCCAGCCGGCAACUGCAAUGCAGCCGGGCCUGGAAUGCAUCCGACACGGUGCCCCUCUGCGUACCCUGCACGGUGCCAGAAGGGAUCGACACCUGCAUGCACGACUUCGCGGGAUGUGGCUUCCUGCCUUCUGGAUCUAUCUGCGAGGUUCAUUGCAAGGAGCCGUACCAGGGCAACAGCACCAUAGCGCGCUGUCCUUCGAAUAACCUCCAAGAAGGGCUGCCGCUGGAGUGGACAGCACCCACAUGCACCUUCAGCGACUGCCCUUAUCCGAUUGAGCUGCCGGAAGGCUACGUGCGAGAUCCCCAAGGAAACGUGCACUGUGCCGAUGGCUACAGAGGCCGCGAGAUGCGCCCGGGCGAAGUCUGCCAGGCGCCCUGCGUGGCGCCCUUUGUGGGUCCGGGGCGCGAGCUCCGGUGCCCAGGCGACAACACGGAGCCGGGCCGAGAGCCUCUUGCAGGAGAAGCUCGGUGUGAGUUGCCCUGUCCUCCUCCGGAUCCAGUCCCAUAUGGCUACGUGAACAACUCCGAUGUCUGGGAGUGUGCACCAGGCUAUGCUGGCACCGCGGAGCUGAUUUGCGUGUUCGACGGCGCGCCCUUCUGCCAGCGCCGUGUGGAGCUGCAGGGGUGUUAUCCGCUGAUGCCAUGUGCAGACCUGGAGCUGCCACAGGACCGGGCCCCUGACCCUUGCGUCUACAAUCUCACGGAAUGCCGAGGUAUCCUGCCUGGAGAGCGAUGCCAGUUGCACUGCCUUCCGCCAUUCAUGGACGGUGGCAUUCCGCGCUUUGCUGGAUGUCCUGGGUUGAACGUGAACCCCUACAAAGAGCUUAUUUUCAAUGAGCUGCCACGGUGCCUCUUGGCGUGUCCGGAUCCACCGACAUUGCCGGAGGGCUAUCGGCGAGAGGACAUUUUUGGGAGCAGUGCAUCGCAAUGGCGAUGUGAUGAUGGCUGGGUUGGCGAAGUCAACCGAACCUGCAUCCAAUUUUCGAACUGCUCUUUCCAGGCGGCAUUGGGGGCGGGUUUACCUUGCUUGAGAGGUUCCAUUUGA